ACGACCGGCCGUGAAACCUAGCACCAUCAUCAUCUGGACGCUCUGUGUAUCGUGCGAGUCUAUCGCAUUGUAGGAAAAAUGAAUUUCGUGGCCUUCUUCCUGCUGGCAGCGUGCGUGCCGACGCACUGCCAGAGCUAUUAUGAGUCGGCUGACACUCCUUCCACCAUCACUGUCACUGAAACUCUCCGUGUAACUUCGACGUCGGACGUAUGGAACACGGAGUUGGUGGAGAACAGUGUCUUCGUUACCCAACUGUCUACCAACAGAAAUUACGUGCCUGCUCAGCCUGCCACGGUCACCUCCAUAAUAAGGGUGACUGCUACGCCGGUUUCCGUUGUCACGAAGACCGAGGGCAUCAACCCGGUGCGCACUGUGGUUUCUUAUGUUACUAGCUUCGCCACUGUGACAGAGACGCAAGAAUACCAUAACACCAUUACGCACGUUGACGUCUUCCAACACGUUGUAACUGUGCCAGUUUCUUCAGUCCAGACUCUUGUGCAGCGGGAGAUUUCUACCACCAUGGUGAUAACCACGGCCACGGUCACAUCCAGGACUACGGGCUACCACUGAAUUUUGAAUGCUUAUAUUUAGCAUUAAAUUUUUUUUUCCAAAGGUAACCAGCGUGAUUAUUGUUCAUAUGACCAUGUAAGUUUCAUUGAUAUGACUGAAAUAAAUUAAGCAAUUUUAAUACUCUUGAGGUAAGAUAUGAACCUAAUGCAUGGAGUGGGCAUGUAAUUACUCCACCAUUGUGAGAAUGAGUCUGAAACAUUAAUAGUUUACACAACUGUCUCGACUGUGCCUAUUAAGGCAAGCUGAAGGACUGAUUCUACACAUGAGCUUCUCCGUCUGACUAAUUAAAACAGUAUUGCACUCCUG